GACAACUUCAGAGCAGUAGAAAAAAAGUUUCGGACGAGGUCAACUGACGUAAAAUUAUCCGUGUAAUAAUCUUAAAUAUGACGUUAUAAUUCUUAAUAAAUUUUUGAAGAAAUUGCUGCACCGAUUAAAACCCUCGUUUUGGCAACUGAAUUCAAACCAAAUCACAUUCAAAGAAUAACGAAGAAAUGGAGGAGAACGAAGACGAACCCGAUGACGUGAAAAACGCGACUCCGGUUGCAGGUGACAUAGAAUCUGGAAGGAAAGACGAAACGACGGGAAGUCCAAAGGCCACUGGAAAAAGUAGGAAUUCUAUCAACAACAAGUCAUCCCGCUGUGAAAAGCAUGCUCGCAAACCAACUCUUGUCAAAUCCGAGGCUGAUUGCUGUCGUAAUAAAAUGGCGAGAAGCUUGAAGAGCCAAAAGACUAUGGCUGUCAUGAUUUAUUCUCCACCCUGCACUUUUCCCAAACUUGAAAUCGUCCCGCGACAUUGCCUGUCGAAGAAGGAAUACGUAGACAUGUUGGCUACCCCCAGCCGGAAGUGCCCGUUGGAAUGUUUGGGGAAGACCGUUAUACGAAGACUGCGCCCAAUCUCGGAUCGGAUCAACGAAUUGGCUCAACCGGCCAGGCGAUUGGUUGUUGGCACCCUGAUAGAACGAGGAGAGAGCUUGCCACCUGAGAUGAUCAGCAGCUUGAUCAAGUCGGUCGAAGGAAGUUCCUGCCUCACACCCGAACAAGCCGAACAUUAUUUCCGUGAAAAAGAACGUCAGAAAGAUAAAAAUAAUGCGCGUAAAUGUUUGCGAAAAAAAUGCCGGGAAAAGCCGAAAAAUUCUAAGUGUCAGUCGCCGCUGGACAGAGAGGCAGUGAUGCACCAGUACUUGAUGGCCGAGCGGUUCGUGAGGAGUAUCUUGAAAUGGAAAUGCCCAAUUCCAGUCGAGGAGUUUGAGGACAUAGCGAGCGUAAUUCUCCGUCGACUUAGUUUUGUCCUGGAAUACACGCCACAGGGCGAACAAGAGGACUUAAAGUCCCAGCAGAUGAGGUUUUUGGCUGAUAUAAUCGCCUGCUGGAUAUCCGGCGUGCUUUUUGAGGUUGCCGAAGAGCACAGAAAGGAACUUGAGGAGGAAAAAGCUCGGGCUGAAGAAGAGAAAGCUGCAGCUGCAGAAGAUAUGGACGAUGACAAGGACGAGGAGAAGCCAAUGACGAGGGAGGUGAAGGAGGAAGAGGAGGAAGAGGAAGAAUCAGAAGCGGAAGACAAGGUGAAGGAUGAGAAGCAGGAAAAGGGGAAAGAUGUCAAGGAAGACAAGAAGGACAUACAGAUGGAUAAAGCCGUUGGCACAACAGACAACAGCGCGCAGGUGAUGGUAGCAGAAAAAGAAGCAGCUGAAGAGAAGGAGAGGCUAGAAACAGAGACCAAAAUAAAGCAGGAAGAGAAGGAGAAAGAGGAGGAGGAGAAGAGAAGGAAAAAAGAAGAAGAAGAUAAGGCCAGAAUCGCGGCCGAAGAGGAGGAGGACAGAAGGAAGAAGAAGGAGUUGCAAGAAGCAGCCGAGAAGGCAAGAAGAGAACAAGAGGAAGAAGAUGAAAGGCUGAAGAAGAAGAAGAAGCAGCAGGAGGAAGAAGAAGCGGAGGCGGAACGUAAGCGGAAAGCAGCCGCCGAGGAGGAGGAGAAGAAGCGGAAGGAAGCUGCCGAGGAGGAAGAAAGAAAACGAAAGAAAGCGGCCGAGGAGGAGGAGGAGAAGAAGCGGAAAGAACUCGAGGAGGAGCGGAAGAAGAAGCAGCAGGAGGCGGAGGAAGAGCAAAAGCUGAAAGAGGUCGGGCUGCUGCAGGCCAUCGAUGGCAUUGGCGACGGCAAGUUGUUCAAGACGGAACUGCCCUUCGUGACCUUCGGCCGACUGAUCCAGGCGGUCUUCGACAUGGUAGCCGAGGCGCCAGAGGGCGACGAGACAGACAUAGUUCAAAACCGCAUACAGAGGGCGCUGUACGAGAAACUGUCAAAACUUGUGACUCUCGAGAGCCCGGACGCGCUCACGGAGAACCUGAAGGACGUGAUCGACGUCUUUUCUGGCAAAGCGGCCGCCUGGCUGAAGAGCACGUUGCACGGCUCCGAAGCUGAGUUCCUCCGCCAUCAUCCCCCUGAGGUUGAGUCAACCGAGAUCAGGGACUGGGGAAAAUGGCUCGACCGCGUAGCCGACAGAGCUGGUGAUUGGGCGAAAUGGAUCCACCGAGUGGUCAACGAAGCCGAGGCAAAAUCUGCCGCCCCCAUAAGCCGUGGCGACUGGCGGAGCUGGACCAGCGACACUGAGACCAAGGCAAUGUUAUGGAGACGGUACUAUUUGGAGACCGUUCAUCAGGCUCACCACAACAGGAUGAUGACAGCGGACCGACCCGUCGUUAAGGCCGGACAAAAGGGAAGCAUUCCCGGUAACGCAGAAGAGGUGGAGGUGGACAACACUGAUUUGAGUACCUAGAUGCAUAGUUGGUUCGUUUGCCUGGGUAACAGGUCAGAGUUCCGAAUUUUUAAACUCAGAGAUACCGUUACAUAGAACGUCGAUAUUCCGGAUAGUUCAAAACCAGAAUGGUCGAAACCCCAACGGUUAAUUCUAAGUCGGCAAAGGUCCAAACUUCACCAAUCU